GCUUUAGCAACUGCUGUUUGGUCUGUGCUUAAAGCAAAACGUCAUUCAUUAAAGUAUUCAAAUGGAUUUAUCAAUCAUUUUUAUUCAAUUUCUGAGCAUAUAAGUCCAGUAUUAGCAUGGGGCUUUCUUGGACCUGAUGAAAACCUGAAACAAGUUUGCAUUUCUUUUAAGGAUGAAAUUCUUGGAUUUUUAUGCGAUAUCUUUGAUUUUACUGUUGUAAGAUAUUCAAAAGUAGAAGAUCUAUCUUCAGAUAUUUUAGACGUAGCUAAAGUAAGAUAUGAAAGAUUGGGUGAAAAAUUUUCAUUAUGAUGUAGGAUAUUUCAUUCCACAUAUGAAAUGUACAUAACUAAUAUUUACCAGUACACUAUGAAAAUAUAUUUGAAAUCUUCCAAAGUUUUUAAAGAAGAUUGAUUGCAAUAGCAGUUACUGUGUUAACAUCAUAUUUAAUAAACAAACUAUAAAAAAAAUGUAAGCAAUGUAGAAUGAGUUCUAAUUCUGAAUUUGUUGUCAAUGUAUAGUGAAAAUAUGAAAAGAUUUGUUAAUUCGUAAGUAAUGAUUAUUAAAUGGACAAUUUUGAAUUAUUUAAAAGUAGCUCCUGAUAAAGGUACUACUUUAUAAACACUAUAUAAACACAAAAUUAAUGUUUAGGUAUCACUACACUACCUAAAAGAAAUUUUUCUAUAAUUACAAAACUGUAACAAUGUAUUAUGAAGUAGAAUUAGUAUUUUCUUAUGAAAUAAAAAAAUUAAU